AGGUUGCGGUGGGCCGAGAGCACGCCACUGCACUCCAACCUGGGCGACAGAGUGAGCCUGUCUCCAGAAAAGGAGAGGGAGAUGAGGCUCGGGUACCAAAGGCACGCGCGAGAGCGGAAACGCUUGUAGGUGCGGCCCUCCAGGGAGAGCGGGGUGAAAGCCGGCGCGCACGGCCCUUCCCCGCUGAGGUCCUCUCGGGCCUCGCCGCGCCCCCCACCCCGCCCCCAACCCCCGGCGCUCGCUCCGAAGGGCCUCGGCGGCGGCCGCGUCUGCGCGAGCUGGGGACGGCCUCGGGAGGCGGGGCUGGGCCUAGCCCCGUGCGCGUUCGGAGACUGCGGGCGCGCACACCUGUCCUGGGCCCGCUCCCCGGCGCCUUACAGAGCGGGGCGUGUCCCUCCGAGUGCCCCCCGCUAGGGACUGUGCAGGCCGGAGCUAGGCAGGGGCAGCGGGGAAGCCGGGCUGAUGGGGCCUGUGCCUGCCCCGUGAGGCUCUCACCAAAUCCCUGCUGUCUCCGGGCAGCUGAAGGGCGCCGGGCCCCCGCGUCGCGGUCGUGGCUGUGGCCGUGUCUCCUGGUGGUCUGAGCCCACUGCGCGUGUGGAUCCACGUGGGAGCUGGGUUCCAGAGCCUCGUCCUGAGGCGGAGCCGAGCGGGGGGAGGAGGCUGGAAUUGGCCGGGGAAGAGCACGGCGCCGGGCGCACCCGCGUUUGCCGGCCCUGCCCUGGGCCCUGCAGGUCCGCUGGCCCCGCCGCGCCUACUGGGGAUGCCCCGUGUGCCCCAGGCAGCCCCAGCCUGCGUCCCGCUCCCUGAACCCUCGGGAGGACCACAGGGCUGUGGCCGAAAGACAGAGAUUUGGACCUAGUGAAAGGACGUCGCUCCUUAGCCCCAGCUAUGGACUCCACAGCAUCAGGUUUGGCUCUGGAGCGUGCAGAGGGCCAGGAGCCCUCUUGGGGAGCUAGUACCGGGCCGAUGUCAUGAGGACCCCAGGAAGAGGCCGGGGAAUCGCACUGAAGGGGAAGGGGAAGGCUGUACUGCAUCUGUCUUCCCUGUGGUAACAGUUAAUCUUCCAGACCCAGGAGGCUGAAGCCGCGGCCUGCUGGGUCUGGCAGGGGUCUCUCGAUGACCGUGGCAGAGGUGGAGGGGAUGGCCACGGAAAAUUGUCCCAAUGGCCAGAGGAGAGAGAGGAGAGCGAGGAGAGCAGAAGAGGAUCUGAUCUCGUCCUGCUGCUGCAGGGAGAGGACCAGCAAACCCAAGAGGGAGUGGCCCUUGGCCAGGGAUCAGAGAACAAUAGGGCCAUUUGGAGUCUUGUCAUCCACCUCCUUAAUCACCUCACUAAUAAGGUUCUUCCAGCCCUUCCAGCUCAGCAGUGUGUAAGGUCAGCAGUGUACAUGGUUGGCACCGCCUGUGAGCCCUUCCCCCAGUAGCACUGGAGCAGGGCAAUCCAGGGGACCCAGGAGAUUUUAAGCCAGUCCUAAGUUUAGAACGUCCUGUCUUUCACCAGGUGGGCGUUUUAAUCCGACUGUUCAUCCUUCAGUGCACAUGCUCAAGGACACGAAACUGGCCAGUGGAAGAACUGGGCCCAGUCCCUGGGCCUCCCAACCCUUUUUUCCUUUAUACCCUUGCUAAUCAGUGUGGCUCUGGCACCAGCAGAGGCACUGUCCAGAAGCUCUCUAGAAUUGCAGACUCUGGGGCCCCACACAUCCUCAAACAGGGUCUUAGCAAGUAUUGAACCAGAGUUUAACAAGAUCCUCAGGGAUCCACGCACAGAUGAAGCUUUAGGAGUGCCGACCUGUGCUAUGCUGCCUGCUUACAUCCAUAUUGUUAGCCUUAACUACUUCUCUGGCAUGAUUUGGGCUAGUUUUUUUGUUUGUUUUAAGGCUUUACAAACAGUAUGAUACAAAGCCUUUUAAUGAAGGAGCUCUCAUGUGUGCUGCAGAGACCUAACAGAGCUUGGGAACACCAGGGGCAGCUUCUCAGGAAGAGGUAGCCUCUGAGCUGGGUUCCCAAGGAUGAGGGGAGAGGUGUAACUUCCUUCCCUUAAAGCCUCAUCAUCCCGCAUGGCCUUGCCUUGGGUCUUGUGUAGUUGUUAACCUGUAGGCUAGAUGUAAAGUUCCUUGAAGGUCUUUUCCAUGUUUAUAUUUCCAAAAGUCCUAGGAGAUGACCUGCAUACCGUAUGCCCAGCAAAUAACUUCAGUGGUGUGGCCAGACUGGUCACACUUCACUCACCUGUAGACUGAUGUGGGCCUCUGGACAGAUGGGAGCCUCAUGCAGCUGUGUACAGGGGCGCUUCUCUCAAUGUUUGAAGGCUAGAAGCUGCCUCUCAGAUCCCUUUGACCCACUGGUGUCCUCAGGACCACGGAGGUGACAUUCAGAGCUGUUCUGGGUCUCAGGCUUGGGAAGUCUGAGAGCUGUGUGUGCCAGCAGGGUCAGCUUCCCUCAUGUCUCCUUCUACCUUCCCAGCUUCCCCUUCUCAGAAUCCUGCUCUUCCUCCAGAGAGAUUCCCAGGAGAAAAGGGAACAACCAAUUCAUUCCUGAAAGCUAGGCCUCAGAACCUGAUGACAUUUGAAGAUGUGGCCGUGGAAUUCACCCAGGGGGAGUGGGGGCAGCUGAACCCUGCUCAGAAGGACCUCUACAGGGAGGUGAUGCUGGAGAACUUCAGGAAUCUGGCCUUUCUGGGCCUUCCAGUAUCCAGACCAUAUGUGAUCUGCCAGUUGGAGGAAGGGGGCGAGCCCUUCAUCGUGGAGAGAGAAAUCUCAACAGGGGCCUACUCAGACUGGGAGAGAAGGUCUAAAUCCAAGGAAUCAAUGCCAAGUUGGGGAAUUUCCAAAGAAGAAUUAUUCCAGGUAGUAUCAGUGGAAAAACAUAUUCAAGAUGUGCUGCAGUUCUCAAAGUUGAAAGCAGCCUGCGGUUGCGAUGGCCAGUUAGAGAUGCAGCAGAUAAAACAGGAGACACAUCUGAAACAAAUGUCAACCACUCACAAAUCUGCUACCACCCUUAGCAGAGAUUACGAAUGGAAUGGAUUUGGGAGAAGCUUAGGUUUAAGAUCAGUCCUUGUUAACCAACACAGUGUUCUAAUGGGAGAAGGGUCUUAUAAAUGUGACACCGAAUUCAGGCAGACUCCAGAGGGAAAUAACUCUCAGAGAACCCAUCCAGAGAAGAGAUCUUGUAAAUGCAAUGAAUGUGGGAAGUCCUUUCACUUCCAGUCAGAACUCCGGCGCCAUCAGCGAUGUCACACUGGAGAAAAGCCCUAUGAAUGCAGUGACUGUAGAAGAGCCUUUGGUCAUAUUUCAUCCCUUAUUAAACAUCAAAGAACUCAUACUGGAGAAAAGCCCUAUGAAUGCAGUGAAUGUGGGAGAGCCUUCAGCCAGAGCUCAUCUCUUGUUCUGCACUAUAGAUUUCACACAGGAGAGAAACCCUACAGAUGUAAUGAGUGUGGACGAGCCUUUGGCCACACUUCCUCCCUUAUUAAGCAUCAGAGGACUCAUACUGGAGAAAAGCCCUAUGAAUGCAGGGAAUGUGGGAGAACCUUCAGCCAGAGCUCAUCACUCAUUGUGCACUACAGAUUUCAUACUGGAGAGAAACCUUACAAAUGUAAUAAAUGUGGGAGAGCCUUCAGCCAGAGUUCAUCUCUCACUCAACAUUACAGAUUUCACACUGGAGAGAAACCCUACAAAUGUAAUGAGUGUGGAAGGGCCUUUGCUCAUACUGCAUCGCUUAUUAAACAUCAGAGAAGUCAUGCUGGAAAAAAACCCCUAUGAAUUCAGUGAAUAUAGAAGGGCUUUCAGCUGGAGUACAGAUAUCACCAGAACUUAAAGAAUUCAUAUCAGAGAGCGAUCCUGAAGGUGUAAUGUGUAUGGGAAGACCACCUCUUGUUCCACAUCAGGAAAUAAUUACUAAAGAGAAUCCCUAUCAAUGUCAGGAGCGGGUGGGUCUCCCCUCUUUUACCAAACACAGGAGAAUCCAUACUAGUGAGAAACCACGUAAAUGCAAUGAAUGUGGAAAGGCUUCGAUCAGAGGAUGCAUAUUAUUCAGCAUCAGACAGCUGACACUGAGGAGGAGGCUUAUCAAUGCAGUGAGUGUGGCAAGCCUUCAGUUACAUACUGAUUCUUUAAGAAAAUCAGAUAACUUGUACUGGAGAGAAAUUCUACAAGUGUGGUAAGUAUGGAAAAAUCUUUAGUUGUAUCUCUUCCUUUACUAGGCACCAAGAACACAUACUAGAGAGAGGCCCUAUGAAAGCAGGAAAUAGAAGGCCUUCAGUCAGAGCUCAUCCCGUAUUAAGCAUCAGAAAAUUCAUACCUGAGAAAAGCCUGUGAAUGUGGGCAAUGUGGGAGCGCCUUCAGCCAAACCUCAUUGCUGUAUAAGCCCCUUAGAACUCUCCCUACUAGCUGGAAACUCUGGUAAUGUAAUGAGCGUGGGAAAGGCUUUCAUGGAUGUUCCACAAAAACACAUUAGAGGAUUUUGUACAUUAGAGCAUUUGUGCCAGAGCAACUCUUCAAAUUUAGUGAAACUGGGAAAACCGACUAGUACAGUUCAAACCUCAGUAUUCACCUCAAAGAGAGACCUUGGGAACAUGAUGAAUGUGAGGAAAGUUCCUUUCCAACUUGAGAUGUAUAAAACUAGAGCUGAAAAGAAGCUGAGAAACCACCUUGUCUGGUGGUUUUCUGCCUGGUGGGGCCAUUUGUAUAACCACACUUGUGCGUUGCCUCCUCAUGCUGUUACUGACGGGGCAGGGUGCCAUGCAUGGUGCAGAGGGUGGAGGCUGAGAAAGGUAGACGGCUACCCAUGAUCUAGCCCAGUCGUAGUUUAGAGCCAAUGAAACUGAUGUUCAAAAAGCGACCAGCUGGGCCUCUUUCCUGUGGUUCACAGCUGCAGCAUGGAGAUUAGUAGACUGGACCUUUCCAGUACAACACCUCCAUGCACUGCUUUCUCUGUAGCACAUGUUACCUUUCUUUGUGAGGCAAUGGAGUGGUCUAGGAUUGAACAAAAAGCAAUUUUCAUUACAUCUUUAUGCUAAUAGAUUUGGAAUUUUUGAAAUGAAAUGAAACCUUGUUUAAACAUUAAAAUUACUAAAAUAUGGGUACAUUAUACACAAUCCAGAUCUCAAACACAUGAUUCUAAGUGAAAGAAGGCAGAUGCCAGAGACCACACAUUUUCUAGUACCAUUUUAGGAAAUGUCCAGAAAUGGCAGAUCUUCAGAAACAAAGUAACUGCAAAUGUUACAAGGAAUCUUUUCGGGGUGAUGAAAAUGUUCUAAAACUAUAUGGUGGUGAUGGUCGAAUAAUUUGGUAACUUCACUAAAAAUCAUUGAAUUGUUCACUUUAUAUGGGCAGAUUUAUGGCAAAUAUACUUCAAUAAAAUCAUUUUUCAAAAUCAAAUUUACAGAUAUACCAACCAUUGCUAAA